AUGUUAGGCCCAACUCAGCUAUCGUCGCCCGAUUCUCACGAAGAUUUCUUCCGCCGCCAAUCCUGGCCUGAAUGGAACUCAUCGGAGUUUUCGCGAGACCAAAGGAGAAUGAAAAUUUAUGAUCGUGUCACACAUUCGUCAUCGUCGUGCAGUCUCACUAGGGCAUUCCUACGUGCAUUAAUGCGCGAUGGUUCAACUUGGCCGUGGGGAUAUUUUAUCUACCGGACAACAUACGGGUCUGACGAGGACUGGAACCAGGCUCUUGCCAAACUUCAUCGCCAUAUUCGCUACGCCAUACGACACCAAGUCGUGCAAUCCAUGAAUGAUGGUCCUGAGAAACUCGAGGAUGAUCCGGAGGCAGCUGAGAUUGUUUGGGAGGGCUGCCACAAUGUUGUCGUUGAAGAUAAAAAAUUGUUAGAUGGAGCUUCACCUACCCAAGUUCGGCGACUGUUUCAAGAAUGGAUGAAACGGAAUCCGAAAUACAAACAGCUUAGCAGACCACGGUCGACCUAUUGUUUGAUGAUCGAUGAUCAUGCCAUGCGGUCUAUUCUGGCGAGCUCGGAGCCUUGUGCGGACCAUAGAGAGUUUAUGGAUGACCAGCCCGGAUACGUAAUCUUGAUCGAUCGCCGACAUCCUGGUAAGGGGGGGAUUAAGCACGAACCUUAUAAUGUGGGAUGGAUGAGGAUCACGAUGGAAUCACUUUAUACGGCUUGGAUGUUUACGACUGGGCGCAACGACUUGGAGUUUGAGGACGUUUAUCCCGCUAUCGGGAGAAGGGGCUUGAUCCCAUAUUAUGAUGGCUUUUGGAGUUGGGUGGAGGAUGUGAAUGGGCAGAAGGUGGAAAUUUUUUCUCGCUCAGAGAAUGAAGACAAAAAGGAUGUAGAUAAGCAGGAUGUGAAGAAUGCUUCUCAUUCAGAGAAUGGAGCAGAGGAGGAUGAGAUUGAGGAGGAUGAGGAGGACGGUUAUCCUUUCCAUGAUAUCUAUGAAUAUCUAAGGGAAGGGGGAUGUAUUUGA